CGAGUGCUGACUCGCAAUCAAAUCCUUCUUCCUCUUGACACCAUCGACCAGACUCGUCAGCCUGAUUGCUCGCCCAAGUCGUCUCGUGACAAAUCCUCCUGACGCAGCCUGACAAGUUGGCGGGGGACACGCUGGCGCCUUGCAAGCCGAUGGAGCUGGAUGGGAUCGAGUUUACUGCGCGCAUGCAAUCAAUCUGUACUUAAUGCUCGACAGCAAGACGUCGCUUCGACAUGGCCCAUGAGCGUCAAGAAACGGGGCGGCGCUUCUAACAGCGACUUUUUCGAUCAGCACAGCAUGGGUCAAACGGCGGCAGAACGAGCAUUGAUCAAGCGGGUGCUCUUCAGCAAUCAGCAGCAAGUCGCUUGCCCCAUCAUCUUGCCCAUCACGAGCCGCACUCUCACAGAGGCAGAAAGAGCAUUGGAUCACGAGCUGGCCCUGCUAUUGACUCACGCAUUGCGCCUCACCGUAUUGCCUUGGUAUAGCAAAUUGACGCCCGACAGAGAACUCUUCUCGCUCGUGGCACUCUCUACUCGCUCCAUACUCUGCCAUCUCGCAAAAGUCUUCUCUCAAGAUGCCAACAAGCAAGCUCUGAGGCAAUUAGGGACGCAACAUCUACCUCACAUGCUCAAAGAGCACAUUGCAAACACCCGCUUUGCGCGGCGAGAAGUGCAAAAGGUUGGACAAGCAUCAGUCCUGGCUCGGACUUUUCUCGAAAAGUAUCCGCACGUGGCCCUCUCCACGAGCAGUCCGAACGGAUCGUGUCUCCAAGUCCACGUCGAUUCGACCUACUUGGCCGUACUAUUGGAGCACUUUCUCGACGCUGUGCUUCCUACAGAACAUUUCCAGAGCGAUUGCGAGCGAUACUUGCUUAUUGACCUGCUUAUGGGCGUGCUGAGCGGGGCUAUCCUGCAAAGGACCAUUCAACCAUGGUCCUUGGUCCAGUCUUUUCACAAAUGGCUGGACAGUCGGGACAAGCAUACGAGCGCUCCAACGCAGCACAAUCCGGAUGAACUUGCCCUCUGGCAAUCCCUGGCGGCUCAUCUACGCGUCUGCUCUUCCCUGCUCGUCUCCCUGCUGAGCUCGAUGGUCCUCGCAGUACUCAGAGCAUACUUUGAUCUAUUUGACGUCUCCUUCAUCGCUCCCCCCUACGCACACGGUGCGCGCACGAAAUCAGUAGCAGCGCGUCAAGGUGGCAAAAAGGCGGCAUCUGCUCGGACCUCUUUAGAUUGCAACCAUGACCGUGCGCCCAGCCGGAACCGGUCACCUCUUGUCAGCUCAGCAGGAAUCGGUGGAAGCGCUCAAAAAAGAGGCAAUCGAUCUGCUAAAAGCUGCAGCAUUGCGGCAUGGGUGGACCUCUUUGAAACGCUGCUCGACACUUCCAGCCGCAUCUGUUCUCGUCUCUCCAUGACCUUGCUUCACCUGCUCCUCGAUCUUGGUCUCUCGGACGCGAUUGAGGACAAGCUUUCGAGAGCGGUCUCGUCAGCUUUGGAUCCUGAGCAAUUAGCGAAGAUUGUGACUUCACUGCGAGAAGCUAUGUUUCCAGACGGCAAGUCAGGUCCGCCCGCUCCGCCUGCGCCUGCGCCGGACGAAGCAAAGCAAAGAGAAGAAUACGAGCGAUUGGUCGUCAGACUUGCAGGGUCGAUUCCGAGUGAGCCGCAUCCUUGUGCUCGUGUGAUGGAGCAGAGGCAGGGAGCUUGGCUGAUCGACUUUGGUCCCGUUUCACCUCGGCGCAAUGCACCGUAGCCAUGGCGCGCAUGGCUCUUCUAGGUCCCGACGAACGAUCGCAGCUCGACACGCUACACGAAGCUUUCGGACCCUUUUUGGCUCCACCGCUGCAGAGUCCAACAAAGGGCGACGAUCACGCACCCUCUCACAAAAAGGAUUCGCUCUCGGAAUUGGCAAAUUGCUCUACAUUUCUUCGCAUUUUGGAGCAAUUGCUGCUCGUCUUGCGGCUCGAGCCUCGCCUACAACCACCAUGAGCUUGCUCUGCAUCGGACCGGCACAAGCAGGAUCGGGA